CAAAGUUAACCACGAGAAAAUUGUUUUACUAUUCCUUGAAGUAUUAAAAUUUACUGUUGAAAUCGAAACUAAAGAAUUGUGAUUUUCUGUGUAGUCAGUGCUAUUGUACUUGUAUGUAAAUUCCAGUUCAGUGACGUCUGAUUCUAGUUGAAGAUAACGGUAAUAACAGCUUUUUCUGAUAAGAUUUAGGUAUCUUAUCUUUGAAAACCCUCACUAUUGUACAUUUUCAAACUUUCCAUCCUCACUUAGUUUUUAUUAAUAUUAUUUUCAUGUGAAAUAAAUAACAAACAAAAUGGAUUGUUUUACUCUGGUUGGACUUUUUGUUAUACUGUAUCUGUUUGUGUACCUACUUGUUUUAUCAAUAGCAGACUGCGAUUUUGGAAUGGUGUUAGCAGAAAAAUUUGGUAAAAAAAUAGGAGUUUUACGAGGGAAAGUGAUAUGGAUAACUGGAGCAUCAAGUGGUAUUGGAGCAAGUUUGGCCGAGGUACUGGCAGCAAAUGGUGCCAAAUUGGUCAUUUCUGCAAGGAAUGCUGGAAACUUAAGCAAGGUUAAGCAGAAAUGUAUAGCUGCUGGUUUACCAGCCACGGAUGUGCUCAUACUCCCUAUGGAUGUCUUGGAGAUUCAGAAACAUGAACAGUACUUUCAACAAGUUAUUGCUCAUUAUGGACAGCUGGACAUCCUGGUAAACAAUGCAGGACGAUCACAGCGUGCUCUCUGGGAGGACAUUGACAUUGCUGUUGACAAGGAGAUAUUCAAGCUGAAUGUGUUCAGUGUAGUGUCUCUGGCUCGACUAGCUGUGCGCUACUUCAAUGAGAAAGGUGGAGGUCACCUAGUCACCAUGUCCAGUCUAGCUGGGGUUGUCGGGGCUCCCUACUCCGGUUCCUACACGGCUACCAAACAUGCAAUUAUGGGAUACUUUGACAGCUUGCGGUAUGAAAGGAUAAGUCAGAGUGGUGGGGGACAGUUAGCCAUCACUCUUCUGUGUCCAGGACCUGUCUUUAGUAAUGUCCUCAGUGAGAGCUUCACAGAGACAGCAGGCCAGAAGUUCAUGCAGCACCAGGAUCCCACGGAUAAACGUAUGACGACCACCGAACGUUGUGCCAAGUUGUGUGCUGUGGCCAUUGCCAACCGGUUGGAUGAGGCUUGGAUGGGGCUAUUUCCAGUAGUGCCUCUCUGCUAUGUUCUACGUUAUUAUCCCAAUAUUGCCAGAAGGGUGAUGAAAAUAACAAGGUUUGGGCAGUUCCAGAAACUGAGAGACAGUCGAGUCACUGUUCAAGUCCAGAGAUAGUCUACUACACCAAUUGUGUUUUAUAUUUAUUUAUUAACUUAUUAAUCUUUUUACAUUACAGUUGUUUUUGGCACAAUUACACAUUAUUUUAAACCAAUUAGUCAUAAAUUCUUUAAGAUAACAUUAUAGUUUAUUUACCCAUUUUCUUUCAUUCAGACUGUACUAACUGAAUUAUUUUAACUGUUUGGCCACAUAUCCUGAAAUUGUGUAAAAUACAUGGCCUUUAGCUUAGGUACUCUUAAAACCUACGUAUUAGUAAAAUAAAAACUUUUCAGAGCCAUGCUUUUAUUUGUUUUAUGUUUAAUUCUCUAUCAUGAAACAUGAGAUUACAGAAUAGGUUAUUGAAAUCAGAAUAUGGAAAAUAAAUUGUAGGGGGCAAAGCAAUUUUUGGUCUUUUACUAAUAGUAAUUAUUGGAUAUAUGAUAAUAUAUCUUUGUGGUUAUGUAAACAAGUAGAUGUAAACAUGUUGUAGAUCUAUGAGUUUAUGACGAUUUGGAUAAAUCUUUUCUUGUUUAUAUAGGUUAGAAAUAGAAAAUUUGACUUAGCAUGCAUGCCAUGAUGGUGACAUUGCUAAUGACUGUAUGUUUUUAUGGCAAAUAAAUUUGAUUAUUUGAUUGAUAGACUGUAUUUUGAAAAAAAUUAGAUAAAAAAAAUGUUUCGACAGUACCUCACAAUGCCAGAUUAAAUCUUGAAAACUUUUCCAGGUAUAUUUAAUCUGAAAAAUGGAAUAUUUUAAUUAAACUACACCUGAAGAUCUGACACAGUAAUAUUGUAAAAUAAUACAAAGGAUGCAAAUUUUGAAAGUCAGCUUAGCACAAUUAAUUUAUGAUGACACAAUCAUUAUGGACAAGGGAGUACCUGUAGCAUUUGAUAUUUUACCACUAGAAACAAUAUAAAAUCACAGUUGAAGUUGUUUUCAAUGGCAUUGAUCAUUUUAAUAAGCAAUAGGUUUAUUGUUAUAACAAGUAUAAACUAACCGAUCCAAAUGACUUUCAUUACUAUAAAAUUAAUAAAUCUUGUGUCUCACAACAAGCAUGUAUUACAAUGUAUAAUACAAAAAUGUGUUACAAUGUAAAGUUUAUUUUUUUCUUAUAUUGUAUAGCAAAACAAACCUUUCACUGGGAAGGAGUCAUGCACUAUCAAAUUGGCAGACACGCAAAAAAGGCUGUCUCAAGCCAACUGAAGAGUGAGGGAGUAUACCAACUACUGUACAUUAAAAGGAAAAGUAUAAGUAGACUAGGUGUUAUUAAGCUACAGGAAAUUAUUUCUCUUAAUGUGUAAGAAAUGUUUAGAAAAAAAGUAAAUAUAAACAUAUUUUAGUUUUAUUUUCUCAAAGCACUAUCAAUUUACUAAAAUUGUUCAAUAAAAAAGUUAAAACCACUGAAGACAUUACAUCUUCUCAAACAGGAAGCUUUGUUUUUGAAAGAGAGUAAAUAUUUUAAUUUUAGUUUAAAUUGAUAUUUAUUUAAAGCAGGGUUUUAAUAAAAAUGUGUGCUGUGCUUCCUACAUUGUUUGUUGUUUUUAAAUUAACAUUAUUUAUAAACGUUAGUUUUAGUAAUAUAAAGUGCCUGUAGAACUCAACUGGUUGUAUUUGUACUAAAUUAAUAAUAAAUUUUCAUGGUUA